AUGUCGGACUCGCAAUCACAAUCAUCAGCCGGCAUGCUGCUCGACGAGUACCGGUUCCCCGUCCACCGGCUGCAAAUGCAUGAUGUCGAGCCUGACAGGACCCCGCUAGUGCUUGUCGCAUGUGGCAGUUUCUCACCGACGACUUUCCUCCACCUACGCAUGUUCUCGCUCGCCUACGACUAUGUCAAGGCGAAUACAAACUUCCAGGUCGUUGGCGCCUACCUCUCGCCCGUCAGCGAUGCCUACAAAAAGGUUGGCCUCGCACCGGCCCACCACAGAAUACGCAUGGCCGAGCUUGCCGUGCAACGGAGGACGAGGACGGCUGACUGCCUAAUGGUGGAUCCCUGGGAGGCCAUCCACGCCGAAUACAUGCCCACCGCAAAAGUAUUAGACCACUUCGAGCAAGAAUUGAAUGGCCACCUUGGUGGUGUCGAGGACACAAAUGGCGUCAAGCACCCGGUCCGAAUCGCUCUCCUCGCUGGUGCAGAUCUCAUCCAGACCAUGAGCACUCCGGGCGUCUGGAGUCAAGAGGAUCUCGCACACAUCCUCGGCAAAUACGGCGCAUUUGUCAUUGAGAGAGCCGGCACUGAUUUCCAGGAAGCCGUUGGUAGUCUAAAGGAGUGGGAGCACAACAUCUACUACAUCCCGCAGACUGUAGCCAACGAUGUCUCAUCAACCAGAGUCAGACUUCUAUCCAAGAGGCGCAUGAACAUCGACUAUCUCGUGCCGACGGAGGUUGUAAAUUACAUCAGCCAGCAUAACCUCUACCAGGAAGACGAUGGAACUGCCACGGGAAAGCUCAAGGAUAAGGCAUGA